AUGUUCAUAGACGUGUAUACAUGGGAACAGUUCAAACGCACAGGGUUCUUGGCACUCAUAGGUUCUGUACUUGAGUCUCCAGGUGGGCGCAUCUGGACGCACAAACCUGCGGAUCUCCAGCUGAGCCCGGCAUCUGCGAUCCUCCAUCCCUCCAGGUGCGCGAGAGCGAGAGCGGGCCCGGGCGCGCGCGCUCGCGCGGCCGCGAGGUGGCGCCAUAGCUGCGGCUGCGGCUGCGCCUGCCAGCCGGGGCAGCCCCAGAUAAGAGUGUGCAGAAAGCGCAGCGGGUCUGAGACGCGACCAGGACGCGGGGAGGACGGACCGGCAGGACAGACCGACUGGGGGCCCGGCGGGCGGAGGGCAGCGCAGCCACGUCCCCCCUGGAUCCGCCGUCAGCCGGGCCCGGGGCUUCCGACAUGCCCCCCAGGAGAGUGUGCUGGGCAGACGAUGCUGGACACGAUGGAGGCGCCCGGCCACUCGAGGCAGCUGCUCCUGCAGCUCAACAACCAGCGCACCAAGGGCUUCUUGUGCGACGUGAUCAUCGUGGUGCAGAACGCCCUCUUCCGCGCGCACAAGAACGUGCUGGCGGCCAGCAGCGCCUACCUCAAGUCCCUGGUGGUGCAUGACAACCUGCUCAACCUGGACCAUGAUAUGGUGAGCCCAGCCGUGUUCCGCCUGGUGCUGGACUUCAUCUACACCGGCCGCCUGGCUGACGGGGCCGAGGCGGCUGCAGCCGCAGCGGUGGCCCCGGGGACCGAGCCGAGCCUGGGCGCGGUGCUGGCCGCCGCCAGCUACCUGCAGAUCCCUGACCUCGUGGCGCUCUGCAAGAAGCGCCUGAAGCGCCACGGCAAGUACUGCCACCUGCGAGGCGGCGGUAGCGGCGGCGGCGGCUACGCGCCCUACGCGCCGCUCGGCCUCGUGCCGCCGCCGCGCUACCCCGGCAGCCUGGACGGUCCUGGCGCCGGCGGCGACGGCGACGACUACAAGAGCAGCAGCGAGGAGACGGGCAGCAGCGAGGACCCCAGCCCGCCCGGAGGCCACCUCGAGGGCUACCCGUGCCCGCACCUGGCUUACGGGGAGCCGGAGAGCUUCGGCGACAACCUGUACGUGUGCAUUCCCUGCGGCAAGGGCUUCCCCAGCUCGGAGCAGCUGAACGCGCACGUGGAGGCGCACGUGGAGGAGGAGGAGGCGCUCUACGGCCGGGCCGAGGCGGCCGACGUGGCGGCCGGGGCCGCGGGCCUCGGGCCCCCUUUUGGCAGUGGCGGGGACAAGGUCGCCGGAGCUCCGGGCGGCCUGGGAGAACUGCUGCGGCCAUACCGCUGCGCGUCGUGCGACAAGAGCUACAAGGAUCCGGCCACGCUGCGGCAGCACGAAAAGACGCACUGGCUGACGCGGCCCUACCCGUGCACCAUCUGCGGGAAGAAGUUCACGCAGCGCGGGACCAUGACGCGCCACAUGCGCAGCCACCUGGGCCUCAAGCCCUUCGCGUGCGACGCGUGCGGCAUGCGCUUCACCCGCCAGUACCGCCUCACCGAGCACAUGCGCAUCCACUCGGGCGAGAAGCCCUACGAGUGCCAGGUGUGCGGGGGCAAGUUCGCGCAGCAACGCAACCUCAUCAGCCACAUGAAGAUGCACGCCGUGGGUGGGGCGGCUGGCGCCGCCGGGGCGCUGGCGGGCCUCGGGGGACUCCCCGGCGUCCCCGGCCCCGACGGCAAGGGCAAGCUCGAUUUCCCCGAGGGCGUCUUUGCUGUGGCCCGCCUCACGGCGGAACAGCUGAGCCUGAAGCAGCAGGACAAGGCGGCGGCGGCGGAACUGCUGGCGCAGACCACGCACUUCCUGCACGACCCCAAGGUGGCGCUCGAGAGCCUCUACCCGCUGGCCAAGUUCACGGCCGAGCUGGGCCUCAGCCCCGACAAGGCUGCGGAAGUGCUGAGCCAGGGCGCUCACCUGGCCGCGGGGCCCGACGGCCGGACCAUCGAUCGUUUCUCGCCCACUUAGGGCGCCCCUCGAGGGCCCGCCUGGCCCGCGCCUCGCGGCCUUGUCUUCUUGGGGAGCGGCGCAGCCGCGAGCAGCAGGCACACCGCUCCCGGGACCACUAGUAGCAGCAGCGUCGCCGCAGUGGCGGC